CCGUUGCGGUAUCCGAUAGUUACCCAAAAGAAACGAUCACGUGGCACUUUGCGAAGGUCGGUUAGAAGAUACAAAGCGUUUAAGCUUCCUUCUUUUAUUCCUAGCUCAACUCCGAAACAGAGAAAGAGAGGAUGCCGCAGCCGAGUAAAGAGCCCUGCAAGAAAGAGGCUUGCGACAUCCAAGCCUGUCUCACCAAGAACAACUUCAUCCCGCAAAGGUGCCUUAAAGUCAUUGAACUGCUGCAAUCCUGCUGCGAGAAAUGUGAUUAUAAGUCAACACACUGUGCUUCUGUCUCUGGCCUUUUGAAGCAAAAGCCCAAGUAGAAGCUAUUAUCUUACAAUUUUUUAUUGAAAAUGGCUAACGUAGCUCUUUAUUUAUGCCCCAUCUCAUGGGAAAAUGCUGCAGAGCCACUAACAUUAGACGUGGUUCGUGAAUUCUGGGAAUUUCUUAGGCAAGGCUUAUUGUGAGAAACAUAUCCCCACCUAAAUGCAGUGUUUUGCUGGAGAGGGGGAGAACACAAUGACGCGAUUAAAUCAUCUCAAGAAAUGCUAGGGAACAACUUUUGAAAUGGGUAUUGGUGUUGCUAACCGUUGAAAGGUAUAUCUUUUUACUGGGAUACUUUUUACAUGUCUGCUUGGUGCUUCUUUGUUCUAGAUUUUAUUUCUUUUCGUGCUAAUAAAGAGAAAUAUAUGGACGUUAAUACUAGUUAAUAGAAACUUCGGUUUUUUGUGCAUGUUAUUAGUAUUAGGAACAAUGUUUGACGGCGUAGUCGACUUUCCUAGUAGAAUUCUAUCAAGUAAAUUUACUUCCUCAGCUAAAUUAGUUCCAAAAUUAAUCCCUCGUGGGCAGGUCUGAAGAAUCUGCCUUGGGGAAGUUUAGCCUAAGGAGUCUUCCAUGUAAUUUUUGUUUUCGUUUUUUAUAAGUAGGAGUCUUCUAUGUAAUUGGACAA